AUGUCCUCCCACGAAGAACAUCCAGACGCGCACUUAUACGAGUCCGACCGACGGCUCUUUCGCGACCGGAUUAGAGAAAAUACUACCACGAACAACAACAGUAACGACGACCUGUUGACGACCCAUCGGAGAGAGACAGAGCAGUUAUUAUACGCCUCCGAUGCGAGUUUAUUUUCCCAAGGCGCAGAUUUGUGGCUCUCGGACCGGCUGUUGUACCGAACGAAACGAGAUUUUGAUGAUGAAAGUUUACGGAGAGAUGUGGAGAGAUUGAGAACAGAGAGUGGUUUCGUGUUUCAUACUGCGAGUACGACGAGGAGCGAGAGCAGACGAGGAUGUAAUAGUAGUAGUAACAGCGGGGAAGGCGACGGUGAAGAAGUUGCUCACUUUUCUGAGUGCGCAAUCUGUUUGGCGGAGUUCGCGAACGGCGAACGGUGCAUAAAAUUAAAGUGCAAACACGUGUAUCACGAAACGUGCAUAGUAAAAACGUUAGAGAGGGAGAAACGGGAGUGUCCUUUGUGUAGGAGCAAGGAUUUGUGA